ACACACGCAUUUUCUGUCAUUUUUGCAAAAUUACUAUCUUCUAUUAUUGUAUACUUAAUCCAUAUACUUACAACUUUAUUCAUUAGAACUUGCUUUAAAAUGUUCUCGAGAUCAGCCCUACGUCCUUGGACUGUGGCCAUAUCUCGUUCGGCUACCACCCACUCCGCCCAAGGAACAAAGAGGCUCCCUGGACAUGGAAGUCCUGGAAAGGAUCGCUUGGGCCUCCUGUCCGAGAAUUGGGUCAAGGGACCCAUGGGCGUUGGUCUGCUGGCCUAUAUCUGCUCCGGGGACUGUUGUGCCAUGAAGCACGAGCACAGCGGCUUAUCCUUGGGCAUCUUGGAGGAUGGUUACUACAGCAGUGGAAUCACCAUCGGUAUCCUGACCACAUUUGCUGUGAUAAGGUUUCUGCCAGCGAUUGCAAAGUGGGCUGAUGGCGAGAUUGUUAAAAUUGAGUCCGAAUACGAAAAGAGUCGUGGAUCUAAGAACAAUGCGCUAUCCAUCUCGCCCCCAAAGGAGAAAAAGAAUCUUGAUUACGUAGCCGAUCAAAGCAAGUGAACGAUUUAUUGUAUUACUUAUUGCACUUUGUAAACACAUACCCAUGUAGUACAUAAUAAAUUUGGCUGUAAGAGA